AUGGAGGCGAUCGGUUCGGUGGAGGAAUUACUGAGCAAAUGCGAGACCUCCGGUGACGCCGCGUACGGACUCUUCCGGUUAGUUCUGGAGCGCUUGGAGGAUCCCAGUACUCGGACUCAGGCUCGGAUCUUUCUCGCGGAUCUUCAGAAACGUGUCGGAGACUCCGACCAGUGCCUCGAGAAGUAUCAUUUUCGGAUCCAAGACAUCGUCUUGGACCAGUAUGAAGGUUACCAGGGAAGAAAAAAAUUGACAACGAUGGUGAUCCCUAGCAUUUUUAUCCCAGAAGACUGGUCAUUUACUUUUUAUGAAGGACUAAAUAGACAUCCGGACUCUAUCUUCAAGGACAAGACAGUAACUGAGCUUGGUUGUGGAAAUGGAUGGAUAACCAUUGCCAUAGCUGAGAAGUGGCUGCCUUCAAAGGUAUAUGGCCUUGAUAUCAAUCCCAGAUCAAUAAAGAUCUCUUGGAUAAGCUUGUACUUAAAUGCUUUGGAUGAGAAAGGUCAGCCCAUCUAUGAUGCAGAGAAGAAAACUUUAUUGGAUAGGGUGGAGUUUCAUGAAUCUGAUCUCCUAGCUUAUUGUAGAGACCAUGACAUUCAGCUUGAUCGAAUUGUUGGAUGCAUACCCCAGAUUCUUAACCCCAAUCCAGAUGCAAUGUCGAAGAUGAUCACUGAAAAUGCAAGCGAGGAAUUUCUGUAUUCAUUGAGUAACUAUUGUGCACUUCAGGGUUUUGUUGAGGACCAGUUUGGAUUAGGUCUGAUUGCUAGGGCAGUUGAGGAAGGAAUAGCUGUCAUCAAACCUUUGGGAAUCAUGAUCUUCAACAUGGGAGGUCGUCCGGGACAAGCUGUUUGUAAACGCUUGUUUGAACGCCGUGGUUUCUGUGUGAACAAGCUUUGGCAGACUAAAAUUCUUCAGGCUGCUGACACAGAUAUCUCAGCCUUAGUGGAAAUUGAGAAGAGCAAUCCACAUCGUUUUGAGUUCUUCAUGGGGCUUUCUGGAGAUCAGCCUAUUUGUGCUCGAACAGCCUGGGCUUAUGGAAAGGCUGGUGGAUGCAUCUCUCAUGCUUUGUCAGUUUACAGUUGUCAACUUCGUCAACCAAACCAGGUUAAGAAAAUUUUUGAGUUUCUUAAGAAUGGCUUCCACGAGAUCAGAAGCUCUUUAGAUUUAUCUUUUGAUGAUGACUCUGUUGCUGAUGAGAAGAUUCCGUUCCUAGCUUAUCUUGCCAGUGUUCUGAAAGAGCGUUCUUUUUUCCCAUAUGAGCCACCAGCUGGAAGCAGACGAUUUUGUAAUCUAAUUGCAGACUUCAUGAAAACAUACCACCAUUUUCCCCUUGGUGCUGAUAAUGUUGUUGUCUUCCCAUCAAGGGCUGUGGCAAUUGAGAGUGCUCUCAGAUUAUUCUCACCUCGUCUUGCAAUUGUUGAUGAACAUCUAACUCGACACCUGCCCAGGCAAUGGCUAACAAGUUUAACAAUUAAGGGUACAGAAACUGAAAAUCCUUCAGAAGAUGUACUCACAGUAAUUGAAGCACCACCUCAGUCAGAUUUGAUGGUGGAGCUUAUAAAGAAGCUGAAGCCUCAGGUGGUAGUUUCUGGAAUUGCUAAUUUUGAGGCUGUUACCAGUUCAGCUUUUGUGCACCUCUUGGAUGUCACAAGAGAAACAGGAUCUCGUCUUUUCUUGGAUAUCUCUGAUCACUUUGAACUGUCCAGCCUCCCAAGUUCCAUUGGGGUCCUAAAAUAUCUUGCAGGAAAUUCUCUGCCUUCCCAUGCUGCAAUUGUAUGCGGUCUUCUGAAAAAUCAGGUUUAUUCAGAUUUAGAAGUGGCUUUUGUCAUUUCAGAAGAAGGGGUUAUCUGUAAGGCCUUGUCUAAGACACUGGAAGUUCUAGAAGGGAAUACUGCACUGAUAAGUCAAUACUAUUACGGUUGUAUUUUCCAUGAGCUUCUGGCUUUUCAGCUCACUGAUCGACAUCCACGUGCAGAGAGGGAGUGUGAAAAGGUCAAAUCAGCGGAGAUGAUCGGAUUUUCUAGUUCAGCCAUCUCAGUGCUUAACAGUGCUGAAUUGUCAAUCAAUGAGACACCGAAGUGUUCUUUGAUUCACAUGGAUGUAGACCAAAGCUUCUUGCCCAUACCUUCCCCAGUCAAAGCUGCUAUCUUUGAAAGUUUUGCAAGACAAAACAUGUCUGAGUCAGAACUUGAUGUCACUCCCAGCAUCAGACAAUUUAUCAAGAGCAAUUAUGGGUUCCCAACUGAUAGCUAUUCAGAAUUUAUAUAUGCAGACUGCUCUCAAGCUCUGUUUAAUAAGCUGGUCUUAUGCUGCAUUCUAGAAGGUGGAACAUUGUGCUUCCCCACUGGAUCUAACGGGAAUUAUGUUUCUACAGCCAAAUUUUUGAAAGCAAACAUUGUUAAUAUCCCUACUGAAGCUGAAGUAGGCUUUAAGUUGACAGAGAAGGCACUCACCAAAGCACUUGAGACUGUAGAGAAGCCUUGGCUUUACCUUUGUGGUCCAACAAUUAGCCCUACUGGCUGGCUUUACAGCAACAAAGAAAUGGAAAAUAUAUUAACUAUUUGUGCAAAAUUUGGGGCAAGAGUUGUGAUUGAUACUUCAUUCUCCGGAUUAGAAUUCAACGUUGAGUACUGGGGUGGCUGGGACUUGGGAAGCUGUUUGUCAAAGCUGAAUUUUUCUGGCAACCCAUCUUUCUGUGUGUCUCUACUUGGAGGACUAUCUCUGAGGAUGCUAACUGGAGCAUUAAAAUUCGGAUUUUUGGUUCUAAACCAGCCUCAGUUGGUUGAUGCCUUUAAUAGCUUUCCAGGAUUAUGCAAACCUCAUAGCACUGCCAAAUAUUCUAUAAAGAAGUUGUUGGGUCAGACUGAACGAAAAGCAGGAGAUUUGCUGGAUGCUGUUAAAGAACGAAUAAGAAAUUUGGAGAGCAGAUCUAAGCGCUUGAAAGAGACACUUGGGAAGUGUGGGUGGGAUGUGCUACAAUCUUGUGGUGGAAUUUCAAUGGUGGCAAAACCGUCCGCCUAUCUCAACAAGACCAUAAAGAUGAAGCGUUCACCUAAAUAUGGAUGCAGGGACGAAAAUUCCACCUCAGAAGAAAUCAAGCUUGACAGUUCAAAUAUUAGGGAAGCCGUAGUCAAGGCAACUGGUUUAUGCAUCAACAGCAGUUCAUGGACUGGAAUCCCUGGCUACUGCCGAUUCACAAUUGCUUUGGAAGAAAGUGAAUUUGAGCGUGCACUGGACUGCGUAGCAAAAUUCAAAAGUGUCAUAGGUAACUAAUACUGUUUUAUCAUCAUAAAUCGCCUCAACUUGUUAUCGUCUCUUGGCUUGAAUACUGUGAAUAAAUCAUUUAUACAAUGUGCUCAACAAAGGACAAGUUGAGCUCUUCCACAAGUCAGCAACCGUUUGAAAUGUUUCUCUACAUAUGAUAUUGAUCAGUGUUAUCUAAAGUUUGAUUGGGCAGUUAGGGAUGAGGGGUUCCGGGUACCUUGUAUUUUUUGGUAGAAUUGGAACCGGAACCGCACAAUGUAGAUUCUUAAAUUCAAGGAACUAAACCUAAAAGGCAGGUUCCAGUUUCUUUCUUGGGUACCCUGUAAAAAAUUAA